AUGAACCUCCAAUCCUUUCCGACCGAGCUCCUAGAAGCCAUCCUCUCUCUCGUGGACAUUCAAACCCUCCUCCUCGCCCAACGAGUCAGCUGCCAAUGGGCCAACUGCAUCCAAGAAUCCCCCCAACUCCAACAGACCCUAUUCUUCCAACCAGCACCGACAACUACACCCCGCCAACAAAAUCCACUCCUAAAAUCCAAAUUCCCCUACUGGUUUCCGGCCGAUGAUCACAAGUCAUGUAGCAUCUCCUUCGGCGCCGGGGACAUGCAAGAUUUCCUAGAAAGCAGCGAGACUCAUCUACGCCCAGAAGCGAGCUGGCGCCGAAUGCUUGUCCAGCAACCACCCAUCCUAACGCUGGGGUGGGUGGAGCGCGGCAUCGCAGUGUCAGAUAUGGUAGACUUGCACCGUUGGGAGGUUCCAGUACAGGCUUUUGGAGGGCUACGAAUGAAUAUGCUCUACGACAUUGUUGUUAACAGUUCGGAGACCGCGCCGGAAUACUUCUAUUUUAGAGUAUUGUGGUCUCGAUAUGGAACUUUUGCCCAUGAGUGGUGCUCGCUCAAAUCGGAUCCAGAUCCUUCAAUUCAUGGCGAGAGGGUCGCAGAAGCACUUAGGAAUGGAAUGCAGAGUGCGGAUGUUCUUCUUGAUGUGUGGCAUGCGCAAAGGUUGCCAUUUCAUAUUUUGCAUCCGUGGAGGCAGGAUACGUGGACGUGGGACCUGGUGCAGGGGCUGCGGGCACCGAUGGGUGAUUUGGGGGAUGAUCUAGUGCAUGAUCUGCGAGAGCUGAAAGAGGUUAAUGGCUGGUCUCUGUCGACUGAGAUAUCGGCCAUUUAUACAACGGAAAUUCCGACUUGCGGCGGAUACAUCCCUGAAUUGCCUGAUGACGAUGAUUGGGAUCUCUAA